ACCGAUUCCAUGAGGUUUGGGGGAACAAGCGUCGGGUGUGAGCGCCCAGGGAUAGGAGCGUGAUGGUACUUUCGGGGAGAACCACGCCUCCCUUGUCGCGACAAUACUGAUUACUGUUGCUUUCCUUUAAGAGCCUGGCCCUCAAAUAUGAAAUCCUUGCUACACGCGGGGGCGGGCAUUAUAUAUAUUCCUUAGAUCUCCUGGACGUCUUUCUCCCUCACCCGCAUUGAACCCCACUGGUGACAUAAAUUCUCCCUCUCCACUAGCGAGUGAAGGCGUGGGACUACAAUUCCCGGCAGGUCGUUCAGAAAGAGGUGGUGGGGAGAGGAGGAAAGAGACUCUCGCUUCCCGUAGGCUCGCAAUUUGCCGUGUCCGCGGUGAUGCACAUUUCAACAGCCCAACGUCUUUUCUCUGGCGAGCUAAUGAAGGGACUACGUCCCCCAGCAGGCACUGCCGCAGAGAGCAAGUGAUGGGCCGCCAUCAUUAUUGUAGUCCUUACCCCCCGUUUUCCCAAGGGAGCUGCCCUGGUGCGUGGACUACAAAUCCCAGAUCGCCGCCUCCCCUUCCCUUCGGCCGCCAUUUUUGCUGGUUGUCCCCGCCCCUUUCCCCUUCCAUUGUCUCCACCAAAGAUAAUAGAGCGGAGCUGGGAAGACUGCAACUCCCGUCAGGCUCUGCGCCACCGGGAGGGGGAUUUCGAUGUUACAGGCGGGCGAGGUGCCCAAGGGAGUAGAAUGAGGCGACGGGGAGAGGCCAGGUACCCUGCCAUCUUUAUGGUAGUCUCCUUAUUCUCGUGGUUCCGCCAUUCUUAAGGCACACUAGAAGGCUAGAAAACUACUAUUCCCAUCGCACCUCAUAAGACCGACUAUUAGGUGUACGCCCCUCUUCCGCCAUCUUGCUUGUAGUCCUCGUUCCUUUUCACCUUUCCAUUGUUCCCGACCAGUAGAAAUGGCAGCGGGAAGGCAGCAGAUGGACUGCGACUCCCGUCAGCCCUCGGCGUUGCUGACGCCCCCAAUGUCGUCGAGCAGCCGAGGGCCGGGGGCCGGAGCGCGCCGACGCCGAACCCGCUGCCGCCGCUGCCGGGCCUGUGUGCGAACUGAGUGCGGGGACUGCCACUUCUGCCGAGACAUGAAGAAGUUCGGGGGGCCCGGGCGCAUGAAGCAGUCGUGCCUGCUCCGGCAGUGCACUGCCCCCGUGCUCCCACACACAGCUGUGUGCCUCUUGUGUGGGGAGGCUGGGAAGGAGGACACAGUGGAGGGAGAGGAAGAGAAAUUUGGUUUGAGCCUCAUGGAGUGUACAAUCUGCAAUGAGAUCGUCCACCCUGGCUGCCUGAAGAUGGGGAAGGCUGAGGGUGUCAUCAAUGCGGAGAUCCCUAACUGCUGGGAGUGCCCUCGCUGCACCCAGGAAGGCCGGACCAGCAAGGAUUCAGGUGAGGGACCAGGCCGCCGCAGGGCUGACAACGGCGAGGAGGGCGCCAGCCUGGGGAGUGGAUGGAAGCUGACGGAGGAGCCGCCGCUUCCACCACCCCCACCCAGGCGCAAGGGCCCCUUACCUGCUGGGCCCCCCCCAGAGGACGUGCCUGGGCCCCCCAAAAGAAAGGAGAGGGAGGCAGGGAAUGAGCCCCCCACCCCAAGGAAAAAGGUGAAAGGAGGCCGAGAGAGGCACCUGAAGAAGGUGGGUGGAGACGCCUGCCUCCUCCGAGGAUCGGACCCAGGCGGCCCUGGCCUUCUGCCCCCCAGGGUUCUGAAUCCGAGCCAGGCUUUCUCGUCCUGCCACCCUGGGCUCCCUCCCGAGAACUGGGAGAAACCAAAGCCGCCUUUGGCCUCUGCUGAGGGCCCGGCAGUACCAUCCCCAUCACCACAGAGGGAGAAGCUAGAGCGUUUCAAGCGCAUGUGCCAGCUGCUGGAGCGGGUGCCUGACACCUCCUCGUCCUCCUCGGACUCGGAUUCCGACUCUGACUCUUCAGGCACAUCGCUGAGUGAGGAUGAGGCCCCUGGCGAGGCCCGGAAUGGGCGACGGCCAGCCCGGGGCGGCUCGGGCGAGAAGGAGAACCGCGGGGGGCGGCGGGCUGUGCGCCCUGGCAGUGGGGGGCCCCUCCUCAGCUGGCCCCUGGGCCCCGCCCCACCGCCCCGGCCCCCACAGCUGGAGAGGCACGUGGUACGGCCCCCACCUCGAAGCCCCGAGCCCGACACGCUGCCUUUGGCUGCUGGAUCCGACCACCCUCUGCCCCGUGCCGCCUGGCUUCGUGUCUUCCAGCACCUCGGGCCCCGAGAGCUGUGUAUUUGCAUGCGAGUCUGCCGGACUUGGAGCCGCUGGUGCUAUGACAAGCGUCUGUGGCCUCGAAUGGACCUGAGCCGGCGAAAGUCACUGACCCCACCCAUGCUCAGUGGUGUGGUUCGUCGCCAGCCCCGAGCCCUGGACCUCAGCUGGACAGGUGUCUCCAAGAAGCAGCUCAUGUGGCUUCUGAACCGUUUGCAAGGCCUGCAGGAGCUGGUGCUCUCCGGCUGCUCCUGGCUCUCUGUCUCUGCCCUGGGCUCUGCCCCACUGCCGGCCCUGCGGCUCCUGGACCUCCGCUGGAUUGAGGACGUUAAAGACUCACAGCUCCGCGAGCUGCUGCUGCCUCCGCCAGACACCAAACCAGGGCAAACGGAGAGCCGUGGGCGGCUGCAGGGCGUAGCAGAGCUGCGCCUGGCAGGCCUGGAGCUGACAGAUGCCUCCCUGCGGCUCCUGCUGCGCCACGCACCCCAGCUGAGUGCCCUGGACCUGAGCCACUGCGCCCACGUCGGGGACCCCAGUGUCCACCUACUCACAGCCCCCACUUCCCCACUCCGCGAGACCUUGGUGCACCUCAAUCUUGCUGGGUGCCACCGCCUCACGGACCACUGCCUCCCGCUGUUCCGCCGCUGCCCGCGCCUCCGCCGCCUAGACCUGCGCUCCUGUCGCCAGCUCUCACCUGAAGCUUGUGCCCGGCUGGCAGCCGCUGGGCCUCCUGGCCCCUUCCGCUGCCCAGAGGAGAAGCUACUUCUCAAGGACAGCUAGUUGGGUGCCCCCCACCCUCCCCCAGGACUCAUCAGGAGCCUGGACCUCGGGCCUUCAUUUUAUCCCUGCCAGGAGGCCAGGUUACCCACCUCAUGACUUGGGAUUCCUGCCCAGGGACUCGAGCCAGCCUCCCCCUUCUCUACCCCCUGCACUGAUAUCUCUGGGGGUCUCUCCUUCCCAUCCCCUCUCCCUUCCACCUGCUUCAUUGUCCAUCCCCUGGGGGGAGUGGGUCAGAGGUACUGGGGGGUGCUGAGCCAAAGGGAUGGUGGGAGGGGGGUAAGGUGCAAGUUUGAGGGAGGGAAAUGGGAAAAGGGUAUCUGCACACAGGAUACUGGGAGCCAGGGGGCUGGGGGAGGUGGAGGAUGGGCUGGGGGAGGGGGGCAGAAAGCAGACCACCAAGGGUUCAGGGAACCAAGACCAGAUACUUGGAGUUGGGGGGUGGGGGUGGGGCCAAAAAGGGAAACGAGAGGAGCAAUUGGGGAUCCAAGUGUCAGAGAUGGGGGGGACUUGGGGAACCAGGGGAAAGCUAGGGCUGAGUGAAGGGUGAGGGCAAAGAGCAGGUGUGGGGGCAGUAGCACCCCCUCAGGGGGUCACACCCCUCUCCUUACUCCCUCCCCAGAUUUCAGUUCCUUUCCCCCCCCCAACCCUGACUCCUUGAACGUCACUGACAAUGGCAGCUAUUGCGAGGAGUGGGGGCCGCCGGCCUUCCCGCUGUUCAGCGUGGCCCAGGGGAGUGGUGAGGGGUACCCCAGCCCCCUACCUGCCUCCCCGCACAAUACUUGAACAUUCAUCUGUA